AUGGUGGUGAUGCACUGGGUGAGGGCCGCGUCCUUGCUGUUCCAUUUCUGCUCGGUGUGGUUGCCCUUGCGGUGGCGCCGACCUCCACGGUGCCUGCCCUUGCCGCUCUUGCCCCCGCCCUUGCCUUGGCCCUUGCCGAGGUUCUUGCCGUCGGUCUCGUUCUCGCCCUCGGCGUCGAUGACCAUCGUCUUCGGGUCCGUCGGGCCGCCCCCCGUCCGUGCUGUCUUCUGCGCGGGAGGCUUGGAGUCUUUGCCAGAUCUCCCAGACCCCAGGGAGGAGCCCGCCCCGACUCUCCACGGAGCUCGCGGCUUGGCCGCCGUCGACGGGCCCAGCAGGCCCACUGCUCCUUCCUCCCCUGGCCUCGCCGCUCCUGCCGUCAUCGCGUUCAGGUGGCGGUCGUGGGAUCAGCAGCGGUGUACUCGCAGCUGCGAUCCUGGAAGGUUGUGUACUUGUCGGGGUCGAGAUCCACGAGCGAUCUGGCAGAAGGCGUUGGACAGGUGGUCGUCGGCGGGGCGCCGCAGGAGGCUCUCGGGCCAGACGGCGCGCUUGACGAAGCUCAGCGAGCCGCUCGUGUGCAGCACGUAG